UUGCUCACGCCCUUCUGUUUUAGCCAUGAAGAACGGAGCACUUUCAUCCAGUCAACGGCCAUCAAACAAGACAGGAAUAAGGAAUAAAACCUGAGGAAAGGAGUGUGGAGCAGCAGAUGAUGUGUUGACAUGCAGUCGGACAAACCAUUUCAGUGUCAAACUCGACUUUAAAACUCGAGAGUAAAAUUCGACUUUAAGAUUUAUGAACUUCACAUUUGUUUGUUGCAAUCAGAGCAGCAUUUAUGGAGUCAAAUGUUGAUACAGAUUGGUGUUUACAGGGUUAUGUGCUACACAAAUGCAGACUAUAAAGUGUGUCCUCGUUGGGGAUGCGGCUGUAGAAAAAACAGCAUUUUUAUUCAGCUACACCACCGGUAAAUGUCAGGAUGGUUAUGUCCCCACUGUGUUUGAUAGCUUUUCUGUUAAUGUGGUGGUCGAUGGGAAUCCAGUGACUCUGGGACUGUGGGAUACAGCAGGACAGGAGGAUUACACCAUACUUCGUCCACUUUCCUACCCUAAUACGGAUGUAUUUUUGGUCUGUUUUUCUGUUGUGGAUCCACAGUCGUUUGAGAAUGUCAGUAAAAAGUGGCUUCUAGAGGUCAGACAUCAUUGCCCAAACAUUCCAAUAGUUCUAGUCGGGACUAAACUUGAUCUGAAAAAUGACAAGGAGACCAUUGAAAAUCUAAAAGAGAAUAAACAAACCCCCAUCUCUUUCCACCGAGGCCUGGCUAAAGCUGAAGAAAUAGGAGCUGUGAAGUAUCUGGAGUGCUCAGCGAAAACACUGAAGGGGGUUAAAACAGUGUUUGAUGAAGCCAUCCGUGCAGUUCUGAACCCGCAAGAAGAGAAUAUAAGACAGAGAAAGUGUUUAAUCUCCUGAAUACAAACAGAAUGAGUUAAUAAAGCGUAUUAAUUAUGACAAAAUAAGUGAUUAGCUGAUGCUACAACACCAAAUCAGAAAAAGUUGAAACUGUCUGGCAAACACAAAUGAUAAAAACAGUGAUCUCUAAAAUCACAACACAGCCACAGUCCAAAUAACAUGUACCCCAAGUAGACUGAACACACAAAAUUGAUACCAUAGCCAAGCUCAUAGCGAGUACACCUCUUCUCAGUCAUCCAUAUCCGUCAUUUAGCUAGAAAUAAGCCGGGGGGAGUUCAUCGAGAUCUUCCUGAGCUCAAACUCCCCUCUCGCCCUGCAAAUGGGAAGGAGCCCAGGGCUCGAAGAUUUCAUAAGCUCAGGGCUCUCUCCCGGGACAGCAUGCCAAACAAGCUUUAUAAUCAAUCAUCGGCUAAGUGUGAACUCUUGAAAUACACUAGUCGAGCUGCUCCUGCCUUUGCCUUGAUUUGCCUUGUGCAUUGUCCUCUGUCUGUCGAGUGACAGUAUUUACAUUUUACAAGUCUGAUUCAAAUGAAACGUUUAACUUUAGUUGGCUUUUUUGAAGCUGCUGAAUUAAACAAAGAAACAAAAGGGUAUACAUUAAACUCAAAACAACGAUCUCUGUCAAAGGCAUUCAUGACAACCAACUCCCCAUCAUUCUCCAUCUCUUUUCAGAUGGGAUGGCGGGGCAAACCAAAGGUACUACUUUGGGCAUCUCUGGACUAGACCUUUCUAAGAUGCUGCUUUUGUACUAAAUCAUAAAUACAAUCAGCUGUCGACAUCACCCGUUUCAAAUCACAUCAUUACUUAACCAAUUUACCUGAUUACUAACCCUAAACUGCUCCUGUCACAACCAUAGACUGUAAAAUAUAUGGACAUAGUAUCCGUGACGUCACCCAUAGGUUUCUGAACACUGCAAAAGAAGCUACAAGUAGGCGCGGCCAACCGUCGCCAUUUUGUUUGCGCGUCAUCGCACCCACGGCGGGAUACCAAACAAGGACAAAGAGGCAGAGAGUGAGCGGAGCUACAGACACCUGCUGGCACUUUGCUUAGACCUGGCAGACAGACUUUACUUUGGGAGAAACGCUUGAUACUUUAUUACCUGCGACUCGUUUGUGUUCUGACCACAUGUGCUUGGUUGUUCACUAUAUCAAUAAAGUGUUUAGACUUUUAAAAACACUGUAGUAAUACAUCGAGCCACUAAAUAUUGUUCUUAUGACAUUUUUUUACAGAAGGAAAACGCAAAUUACUUCCAAACACUUCAGAUAUAGUGUGUGUUAGUAAAUGCAAGACUAUUGAUGAACUCCAGCAUAACACUGUAUGAUAACGCUUCAUAUGACUGAUCUAGAGCCUACAGCUAAUCAAUCUGUCACAUUCUGGAGUGCUUUACAGCUCUAAAGAACAUUAUAAAUGAUCUUAAAUAAAACAAAUACAUUUAUAGAGAUGGUAUACAAGUAUAUAACUUUACUCACAUGGGAAACGAGGCCACGUGAAUGGUUUGUGAGCACAAUUAAGUGCACACAGCAUCCCAUAUCAUCUGAUAAUUGUAAGAAAUAACCCCAAAAGGCAGCUGACUGUGUAAAGCCACAUAAAACAAAACAAAAAUACGAUGAAUAUGCAGAGAUCAGUGGCUAAUCUGCCGGAUUCAGCUGAGGUGAAGUGACGGCGACCAGCGAGACCUAGCUGUCACUCAAGUGGCCACGCCCUUAAUUAUGCAAACUUAAUAUGACCUAAUAUAAAGGAAAUGGAUGAGUUAUUAAAAAAUUCACCCCCCUCACAGUUGUCAUGGAGGGUAAUAAUAGCUAUAUGACCCAAAAUCGUUCUUUGUACCAGGCUGUAAACAACUUUUUUUCUGCUGUAAAGUUGGCCAUUCUAACAGUGGGCUCAAUUGCAAUUUGCUCUAUUAUGGAGCCAGGACUAGCGGAAUUUUGAUGAAUUGCAGUUUCAGUUACUUCCGUAUUGGCUUCCCGAGGGAGAGCGGGAGGUUGCCGCUUGGUCACAACUUUUUUGGAAGGUGUUGCAGAUCUGAAUGACAGGAUGUAUAUUUACAAAUGAAAUGAAGUUGACCAGACAAAACAUGAAAUAUUUUGUGUUCAUAAUGUCUGUAAUGAAAGACAACUCAAAGUCACUUUUGGAAAUCUCUACUUUCUUUUUUUAUUUGCGUUGUCCAUACUGUCCAAACUUGGGGUUGCAAUAUGUAACGGCUUGAUUAACUGAUUUGCAUGCUUUUUUAAAUUAACAUUAAGACCAAAAUCAUCUCCACGCACAGCAAAAUUCCUCAGAGUAAAAUUUACUCUGUUCAGAGAGUAUUUGGUCUCUAUUACCAAACAGGUUGGUAAUAAGUAAAGCUGCUGUUUGUGGAGUUACUUAAAGAUCCUCUGCUGAGAUUUUGAGAGAUUCAAUGUAUUAUAUUUCAUCUGAUUUCAUCUACGGUUGUGACUGAAGUCGGUUAUAGUUCUGUGUUUCUGUAUAUUAUCAUCACCUAAUGUAUCCUUUAUUGUUUUAAUAACUUGAGUAACUUUAACUCAAUUUAGAGAGGGACCAAAUACUAUCUAAACGGAGUAAAUUUUACUCAGAGGAUUUUGCUGUGAUGGAUUCUUCAAACAAAACCUUUUUAACUCAACAUCUAUGCCUCCAUUUUCACAUUUCAGUAUGAACAUUUU